GUCACAGCCCGCUCACUCAUUUCGCUCCAUAACCACAUAGUCGCAAAGCCAGACUUGAGCUGAUUCAUUUCUCUGCAACAUUUACAUUCCUUUCACGUUCGCCUUUUGCUGCCCGCCAUGCCUCUUCUCUACGGCUCAUCGUCCAAUAAUGACGACGAGCAACAGAGCUUGAUUGAACAAAGCGAGGCACGUGCAAAGCGCGUGUUCGCUGGCUUCAUCGAAUUUGCCUUCUCCGGCAACAUCCUUGAAAUUGCCUUUGGGUUGAUUCUAGCCAAUGCCUUCACAACCGUCACAACUUCAUUCGUAAACGAUAUUCUUCUUCCACCGUUGUCCGUGCUGUUGCCUUUGAAUCGUAACAUGGAUGAGAAAUUCCUCGUUCUGAAAGCUGGCCCCAACUACGAAGAGCAAAACGGAUACAACACCAUCGACCUCGCACAUGAGGACGGCGCAGUAAUUCUCGCUUAUGGUGGGUUUAUCCGACACGUCGUCAGCUUUCUCUGUCUUGGGCUCAUGCUCUACGUUCUCGCCUCCGUCUACCAAUACUUCUCGAAAGAUGACAUCAUCAAGUAUACUGUCAAAUGUCGCUAUUGCAAGAAACGCGUUAGCGUAAAGGCAACCCGCUGCAUCAACUGCACUAGCUGGCUCGAUGGCCGUGAAGAGCGCAUGCGGUGAGAGGUUCAUAUUCAUGUGCAAAAUACACCCCACAAUCUGUAGAAGCUUGCAUUUACAUGUGUCCAAGGAUAGACGUUAUGUAAAGAACUCUAAGCGAGUGAAAUAUCACGCUCAUGGAGUUGAAGCUCCUAGCAUUU